GGAAUUUGAGAGUGGCGAUUGAAGUUUGGGACUUGGUGUCCUUGCAGGUCCAAGUGAAAGCGGAAGGAAGGAGUAACUUGUUGUCCGCACAGAGAACAAAAGCAAGCUCCUCUGUUUUUGUUUUAUAUAUACUUUUAGGUGUUCUGCGAUCCCACCAAACCAAUUUUAGAAUCUCUUGGUUUUGGAAUUGGAAGAUGAGGACUUGACUGCGUCUGCGUCUGUGUCUCAAGUGGUUUGAUUAAGGAGUAAACUGGUAUGGGUUGUUUUUCGUGUUUCGAUUCGAGGGAGGAUGAGAAGCUCAAUCCCAAUCCUGAGCGGGAAAUCCAUCAUCACGAUAAUGAUCAUCAUAAGUUCCCCGACCCCCCUCACAUGUCCCGAUUGCCUUCUGCAUCUGCCUCUGCCUCUGCCUCUGGAGCAGACAAGCUACGCUCAACGAGUAAUAGUAAUGGGAACGGGGCCUCCAAAAGGGAAUUGGCUUCUCUCAAGGAUGGACCAGCUGUUCAAAUUGCCGCUCAAACUUUUACUUUCCGUGAACUUGCCGCCGCAACCAAAAACUUCAGGCCUCAGUCCUUUAUAGGGGAAGGUGGUUUCGGAAGGGUCUACAAGGGCCGCCUUGAAACUACGGGUCAGGUUGUUGCUGUUAAACAGUUAGAUAGAAAUGGCCUCCAGGGUAAUCGGGAAUUCCUUGUGGAGGUUCUCAUGCUCAGUCUUCUACACCACCCUAAUCUUGUAAAUCUCAUUGGAUACUGUGCAGAUGGAGACCAACGCCUCUUAGUUUAUGAAUUUAUGCCUUUGGGAUCAUUGGAAGACCACCUUCAUGAUCUUCCCCCUGACAAGGAGCCAUUAGAUUGGAACACCAGGAUGAAAAUUGCUGCUGGAGCGGCAAAAGGAUUGGAAUACCUUCAUGACAAAGCAAAUCCUCCCGUCAUUUAUAGAGACUUCAAAUCAUCUAAUAUAUUACUUGACGAAGGUUUUCAUCCAAAGCUUUCAGACUUUGGGCUUGCAAAGCUUGGUCCUGUUGGAGAUAAAUCACACGUUUCCACCCGGGUCAUGGGAACUUAUGGUUACUGUGCUCCUGAAUAUGCUAUGACUGGACAACUGACUGUGAAGUCUGAUGUAUAUAGUUUUGGGGUAGUGUUCUUGGAGCUGAUUACUGGCCGCAAAGCUAUUGACAGCACCCGGCCCCACGGAGAACAAAACCUUGUCACAUGGGCACGUCCGCUGUUCAAUGACCGCAGGAAGUUUCCGAAGUUAGCAGAUCCACAGCUGCAAGGGCGGUAUCCCAUGCGGGGUCUUUACCAAGCUCUAGCUGUGGCAUCAAUGUGCAUUCAAGAACAGGCAGCAGCACGUCCUCUAAUUGGGGAUGUGGUGACGGCACUCUCUUUUCUGGCUAACCAAGCAUAUGACCAUAACAAUGCUGGGCAUGGUUAUCGGGGAACCGGGGAUGAUAAAAGGAACAGAGAUGAUAAAGGUGGAAGAAUAUUGAAAAAUGAUGACGGUGGAGGAUCCGGACGCAGAUGGGAUUUGGAAGGAUCUGAGAAAGAUGACUCCCCACGUGAAACUGCAAGGAUGCUAAACAGGGAUCUUGAUAGAGAACGAGCCGUUGCUGAAGCCAAGAUGUGGGGUGAAAACUGGAGAGAAAAAAGAAGACAAAGUGCCCAGGGCAGUUUUGAUGGCUCAAAUGCCUAGUCUCCAUUGUGCCAUUCCCAUCACCCCGUUCUGUGUCUUGCCUGCGCCCAUGCAAUGCCAGAUGGAUAAAUUUUGGGAGCUUCGUACUUCAUAAAGCUGCUCUAGGACUGCUCUGCAUGACCUUGUUUAGAAUUUGUUGCAGUGGCCAUUCUGAACUGGGUACCAAAAUCUUUUCUAACUUAGCCUUUUAUGCACUUUAUUUUCCUUUAUGUAUUUUUCAUUUACCUCCUGCACACGGGCAUAUUGGAGCUGGAGAGUGUACAUUGUUCACUACGGCUGGGAGGUCAAGUUAUGAGGACUGAAGUUUUUGGAAAAUACCGCAGUUUAAUAUACUUGUUCCAACUCGUUUUAGUAGACUCUCCUUCUAAAAUGCGAGAAUUCAAGAUUCUUUGUAAUGUCUUCGUGGUGAUCUCAGCAGUUAGCAAUGAACUUUUAUAUAACCACCUUGCAAUUGCGUUUAACUUUUUUUAAAUAAGUCUCUCAAAUUCUCAUAUAAUAUUCUUUUUACAAAAUAGUUUAUCUUAUCUUUUAUUUAAUUUCUUAUUUUAGGAUAAUCAAAUAAAGAAUGUAUGUUAUUUAUGAAAAUUAAAUAUAAGGUGUGAUAAUUAGACAAACCAAAUAAAAUUUUUAUAAUAUUUAAAGGAACCAAUUGAAAAACAAAGAUCACAAAAAGACAUAUGAUAUAUAUAAUUAUGAAGGAAUUGUUUAAAAAAUAAAGAUAAAUAAAAUCUUGGUUAAGCCAAUUAAAUUUUCAAAUUAUAGUGUUGACCACAAAAUUCAUUAAAAAGCCAAGGUGGGUCUAGCUUGUAGACAUCACGGCCCAUGAAUCAGAACACCAGUGGGACAUUUUUGUACUUCAAAAGAAACGGUACAAGAGGAGUGGUGUGGCUCAUAUAUCUUUCUCUCCUGAUCCGAGGGUUUUGGCGGGAAUAGGAGUGAAUCGACGGCCAUGGCGGAGAGCCACACUCAUAACAACGAUCCCUACGCCUUCCUAUUGGAGCUUUCCCGCAUAUCAAUGUCCCAGGAGAAACUAUUGAACCACACUCCUUUUGUCGGAGAAGACACUCUUAACUCACAGGAGACUGAGGAUGAUGUCCCCCAAGACGUUUUCCACACGCCGCCGGAGGAGUCCUCGCCCCCCUCUUCGGAAGAUUUAGGAAGGAAUUCCGAGUUAGGGGUUUCGGGGUGCACGCGAGGCAAACGCCAGUUCGAUGAUUGGGGGGUUUUGAAAAGGGGAUUGUCUGAUUUAGGUGAGCCGUCGGUGAAUAAAUCGAAACUUUCGGAACCCAGUUUAGGUUUUGAUUCUGACAAAUUGGUUGAGGGGAACAGGUCUGUAGAAGCUUCUGGAAUGCGUCAGGCACAAGGUCUGCGUGUGUUGCCGCCCUCAUUGCGUGGUCGUUUGGAGAAUGCGGCAAGCGGGAAGGGUCAGGGCCGGGAGGAAAAUCAGAUUCCUGUUUUUAAUGCAUUGAAACUUUUCUCGAAGAAUAGUCGUGAAGAUGACGAUAUUCUUGAUAGUCUCACUUUGUUCCAAGUUGCAAAGCGUCGUGGUAUUACUUUUCCUCGUCCAAGGUGGUGGCCCGACGGGGAUAACUUCAACCCACAGGAAUAGAAUAGUGUAAACAAACCCUUUUUUUGUUUCUUUUGGAACGGAGUUUGGUAGAAAUCCACACUUUUUUGCUUUGUAAAAACUUCUGUUGUAAUGUCGUGUUUUUUUAAACUCCUUUUAGGCUCGAUUUCUUUUUCUUCUGCGAGGAAAUGCCGUUUGUUCUUCACUAGAUUUCUGCUAUGUAUGGUUUCGGUUGUCGUUUGUAUGUCUCUUGUAAUUGUGGCCUAAACCUUGAAUGACGAUCACUAACCUCGUAUUUG